AGGUGACAAAUCCUCGUCUUCCCGCGAAACAUGAUUUUCACUUGCACUCAUUAUAUAUUCACAGGAAUCCAUGGACUAGUACUAAUGGGCGAAGGUCACUCUUGAGUAAGAUGGAGCACUCGCACCCAUGAGAGAGUACCAGUAUCAAAAACAUACGGUCUUGUAUUGGCUCACAUCUUCAGUUCUUCCUCAUCUCUCGUCAACACCAACUCAUCCUCCUGGCUAGUACACGAUAAAAGUUUGAUCGAUUAGCUAUGGUCUCAAGUUGUCGCGCUCUCUACAUUUCUGAGAUUCUUUCAGAAAUCUCAUACCAGCUAGAGGAUGAUAGGAAGUCUCUUUCACGUCUUGCACGUUGUUGCAAGGCAUUCUCAGACCCAGCUUUAGAUGUUCUGUGGAGGCGGAUGAGCCUUUUCUCUCCCUUCACCCCCCUUUUGCCCCCAAAGGUGUUGACACUUUGGGUGGAAUACCAAUUCAGCGCAGAGAGUAUCGCGGGCUUUCAAUGUCCCCCUAUGCAUGAGUGGAAAGCUUUUGACGCCUAUGCUAGGCGAGUGCGGAUUCUGCACAGCGGCGCCUCGCACUUCCUCGCAGGUGUGGCCACCAUCCGAGCAGACCUCAACGUCUUCCCCUUCCUUCGAUCCAUGUCGAUGCAGCUUCAGGAACCUAUACAGCCUGGGAUCCGGUUGUUUCCCGAAACACUGCAAUCACUGGAAAUUUCGGGCCCCGCUUACAUCAACUGUAAGGAUUCCUGUAUCCAGACUGCUCUUGCACACGCGGCGCGCCAUGCACCCUCCCUGAAACAUCUGCAUGUCGAGGACUACAGCUACAACAGUGACCGCUUGGACACUCCACCCCUACAUUUCAAACACUUGCGCAGCGUCGAGAUAUCCGCAUUCAUCAGCUCUAACCUCCUUAAAUCAUUAUGCUGUGUGCUUGCGCAAUCACCCGUGAUCGAGCUCAAGAUAGAGCUUCCUCCUACUAGCUGUAUAUGGGACACCCCACAAUCUCUCUUCCCAUAUCUGGAGAGGGUAGAUAUACACGGCACCCCCGCGCUCGCGGAGGCCUUCAUUACGAAUAUUUCCAGUCCGUGUAUUCGUUCGCUGACUGUCAGGCACAGUCGUGGGCCCGCACGACUGGAAGACUGCAGCCGGUUAUUCUCCACCAUCGUGAACAAGUGCGGCUCAUCACUGCAGUCGUUAUCUCUCACAAUUAGCCGCUCGCCAGUUCUCCAUAACCACGAUGGCGUGGCGCAUGAUAUAAUGGAUGCGCUGUUCCCUUUGAUGCCGAAUUUUGAGCACUUGGAGGAACUUCAUUUAUCGUUGCCUAGUGCAACUCAAGUUGACGACUAUCCUGCUGUUGAAGCGUCUGGUUGGCCAGCUCUGAGACGGGUAGAGUUUAUGGCCACAUGAUGAUUCACGGGAUGAUCACGGGAGGUUUGGAAGCUGGUUCUCUG